CAUGACUCCAGUCUAGAGCGUGGAUCACACUGUAGCUCCCGCCCGGGCGAGUUUCGCCCCCGCGCGGCCGUUGCCGCGGAGACGGCGCAGGUCUCCCCUCCCGUUGCCCCUCUGCAGUCCCCCCCGCCCCUCUUCUCCCACCACAAUGAGAUCCUAAGAUGGCGGUGGCUGCGGCGGUUGGCGCCGAGUAGCUGAAGUAGAAGAGGCGGCCAUUGGGCCCUAAGCAGCAGGGAACUUGGGGACUCUCCCUGGUACGGACUCGAAGGGAAGACCGCUGCCGGUGGCGAGGCGUGGGAGCGACCGCUACUCCGCUCUUGGCAGGAGCUUGUGCUUCGUUUACAGAAAACUAAUUGUAAAAGCCAGUAUGGCCACAGGAGGAGGUCCUUUUGAGGAAGGCAUGAAUGAUCAGGAUUUACCCAACUGGAGCAAUGAGAGUGUUGAUGACCGACUCAACAAUAUGGAUUGGGGUAGCCAACAGAAGAAGGCAAAUAGAUCAUCAGAAAAGAAUAAGAAAAAGCUUGGUGUGGAAAGUGAUAAAAGGGUAACUAAUGAUAUUUCUCCGGAGUCAUCGCCAGGAGUUGGAAGGCGAAGAACAAAGACUCCACAUACAUUUCCACAUAGUAGAUACAUGACUCAGAUGUCUGUUCCCGAGCAGGCAGAUUUAGAGAGACUUAAACAACGGAUAAACUUCAGUGAUUUAGAUCAGAGAAGCAUUGGAAGUGAUUCUCAAGGUAGAGCAACAGCUGCUAACAACAAACGUCAGCUUAGUGAAAACCGAAAGCCCUUCAACUUUUUGCCUAUGCAGAUUAAUACUAACAAAAGCAAAGAUGCUGCUAUAAAUCCUCAAAAGAGAGAAGUGACUGGAUCAUUGCAAUGUAAAGAGUUGUUUGCCUCUGCUUUAAGUAAUGACCUUUUGCAAAACUGUCAAGUCUCUGAAGAAGAUGGGAGAGGAGAGCCUGCAAUGGAGAGCAGCCAGAUUGUAAGCAGGCUUGUUCAGAUUCGUGAUUAUAUUACUAAAGCUAGUUCCAUGCGGGAAGAUCUUGUAGAGAAAAAUGAAAGAUCUGCUAAUGUUGAGCGUCUUACUCAUCUAAUAGAUCACCUUAAAGAACAAGAAAAGUCAUAUAUGAAAUUUCUCCAAAAAAUUCUUGCUAGAGAAAAUGAGGAGGAGGAUGUUCGGACUAUAGAUUCAGCUGUGGGAUCUGGUUCUGUAGCUGAGAGCACAUCGCUAAACAUAGAUGUGCAGUCUGAGGCUUCAGAUACCACGGAGGCAUCUUUUAGUGUGAGAAUUCGGCCCUGCAUUGAGGACAAACUAGGGAAUUCAGCUUCCCAAGAACAGGUUUCAGACAUUGAUGUUACUACAAGUCCAAGAGGGAAAGGUGACAAACCUCAGAAUGACAGGGAACUGAGGCCUAAUAGGAAAUAUAGCCGAAAACGUGGAUUUCCCUCAAAGGCCAGAGAUCCUCAGCAGGAGCCUAUGGAAGAGAUAGAAAAUUUGAAGAAACAACAUGAUUUAUUACAAAGGAUGUUACAGCAGCAGGAGCAACUGAGAGCUCUGCAGGGACGACAAACUGCUCUUCUUGCUCUGCAGCAUAAAGCAGAGCAGGCUAUUGCUGUGAUGGAUGAUUCUGAAAAGGUUGCAGGGACAACUCCUGGCCAUCAUACUGUUCCGUGCAGACAGCCAGCUCACUCUCCCAUUCAUCAGAGAGCACCCUUAAGAGUUGUAACAGAAACUACAGGUAGCCUGUCUGGAGUCAGUAUCACAUCUGAAUUGAAUGAAGAAUUGAAUGAUUUAAUUCAGCGUUUUCACAAUCAGCUUCGUGAUUCUCAGCCUCCAGCCGUUCCAGACAACAGAAGACAGGCAGAAAGUCUUUCAUUAACUAGAGAGGUUUCUCAGAGUAGAAAUCCAUCAGUUUCAGAACAUUUACCUGAUGAGAAAGUUCAACUUUUUAGCAAAAUGAGAGUGUUGCAGGAAAAGAAACAAAAAAUGGACAAACUGCUUGGAGAACUUCAUACACUUCGAGAUCAGCACUUGAACAAUUCAUCAUUUGUGCCUUCUUCAGCCUCUCCACAAAGGAGUGUAGAUCAGAGAAGUACAGCCGUGGCUCCCUCUGCUCCUGUAGGCUUAACACCAGUUGUCAAUGGAGAAUCCAAUAGCCUCUCGCCAUCUGUUCCUUAUCCUGCUGCUUCUCUAGUUUCUCAGAAUCAGAGUGAAAAUGAAGGCCACCUAAAUCCAACUGAAAAACUCCAGAAGUUAAAUGAAGUUAGAAAGAGAUUGAAUGAACUGAGAGAAUUAGUUCAUUAUUAUGAACAAACAUCAGAUAUGAUGACUGAUGCUGUAAAUGAAAACACAAAAGAUGAAGAAACUGAAGAGUCAGAAUAUGAUUCUGAGCAUGAAAAUUCUGAACCUGUUACUAACAUUCGAAAUCCACAAACAGCUGCCACCUGGAAUGAAGUAAAUAGUAAUUCUAAUGCACAGUGUGUUUCUAAUAAUAGAGAUGGCAGAUCAGUUAAUUCUAAUUGUGAAAUUAACAACAGAUCUGCUGCCAACAUAAGGGCUCUAAACAUGCCUCCUUCUUUAGCAGACUGUCGAUAUAAUAGAGAAGGAGAACAGCGGAUUGCUGUUACACAAGGUGAAGAUGAUGAGGAAGAGGAGGAAGAAGUAGAAGAUGAGGCAGUCAGUGGAGCUUCAUUAUCUAGUCAUAGGAGCAGUCUGGUUGAUGAGGCUCCUGAAGAUGCUGAAUUUGAACAGAAGAUCAGUAGACUUAUGGCUGCAAAACAGAAACUUAGACAAUUACAAGAUCUUGUUGCUAUGGUGCAGGAUGACGAUGCAACAGAUCAAGGAGUUACCUCUGCCAAUACUUCAAAUUUGGAUGAUUUCUACCCAGCAGAAGAAGAUACCAAACAAAAUGCAAAUAACACUAGAGGAAAUGCCAAUAAAACACAGAAAGAUGUUGGAAUAAAUGAAAAGGCAAGAGAGAAAUUUUAUGAGGCUAAACUACAGGAGCAACAGAGAGAGCUCAAACAAUUGCAGGAAGAAAGAAAGAAACUGAUUGAAAUUCAAGAGAAAAUUCAAGCAUUGCAAAAGGCAUGUCCUGACCUACAGCUAUCAGCCACUAGUGCCGGUAAUUGUCCCACAAAAAAAUAUAUGCCAACUGUUACUUCAACCCCAACUGUUAAUGAAAAUGAAACUAGUACAAGCAAAUCUGUUUUUGAGCCUGAAGAUUCUUCAGUGGUAGAUAAUGAGUUGUGGUCAGAAAUGCGAAGACAUGAAAUGUUAAGGGAAGAGCUGCGGCAGAGAAGAAAGCAGCUUGAAGCUCUGAUGGCUGAACAUCACAGGAGGCAAGGUCUGGCUGAAACUGUAUCGCCAAUGGCUGUUUCAUUGAGAAGUGAGGGAUCUGACAAUCUGUGUACGCCUCAGCAAAGUCGAACAGAAAAAACAAUGGCAACUUGGGGGGGUUCUACCCAGUGUGCACUAGAUGAAGAGGGAGAUGAAGAUGGUUACCUUUCUGAAGGAAUAGUUCGGACAGAUGAAGAGGAAGAAGAGGAACAAGAUGCCAGUUCCAAUGAUGACUUUUCUAUGUAUCCUCCUAACAGUGUGAAUCAUAAUUCUUAUAAUGUAAAGGAAACUAAAAAUAGGUGGAAGAACAAUCGCCCUUUUUCAGCAGAUGGAAACUAUCGUCCUUUAGCCAAAACGAGGCAGCAGAAUAUUAGCAUGCAGCGUCAGGAAAACCUUCGCUGGGUAUCAGAACUCUCUUAUGUAGAAGAGAAAGAACAAUGGCAAGAACAAAUCAAUCAGCUAAAGAAACAACUUGAUUUCAGCGUCAAUAUUUGUCAGACCUUGAUGCAAGAUCAGCAGGCUCUGUCUUGUCUGCUACAAACUCUUCUCACGGGCCCUUACAGUGUUAUGCCCAGCAAUGUUGCAUCUCCUCAAGUACAUCUUAUAAUGCACCAGUUGAACCAGUGCUAUACACAACUAACAUGGCAACAGAAUAAUGUGCAAAGGUUGAAACAAAUGCUAAAUGAACUUAUGUGCCAACAAAAUCAACAUCCAGAAAAACCUGGAAGCAAGGAAAGAGGCAGUAGCACAUCACACCCUCCUUCUCCCAGUUUAUUUUGUCCUUUCAGCUUUCCAGCACAGCCUGUAAAUCUGUUUAACCUACCGGGGUUUACUAAUUUUUCAUCAUUUGCACCAGGUGUGAAUUUCAGUCCUUUGUUUCCUUCUAAUCUUGGAGAUUUUUCUCAGAAUAUUUCUACACCCACUGAACAACAGCCACCAUUAGCCCAGAAUCCUUCAGGGAAAACAGAAUACAUGGCUUUUCCAAAACCUUUUGAAAGCAGUUCUUCUAUUGGAACAGAAAAACAAAGGAAUCAAAAACAGCCUGAAGAGGAGGUCGAGAACAGUAGGACACCAUGGUUAUAUGACCAAGAAGGUGAAGCAGAAAAACCAUUUAUCAAGACUGGAUUUGCAGUGUCUGUAGAGAAAACAACAAAUAGUAAUCGUAAAAAUCAGUUAGAUACCAGUAGGAGAAGACGCCACUUUGAUGAAGAGUCUUUAGAAAGCUUUAGCAGUAUGCCUGAUCCAGUAGAUCCAGCAACAAUAACUAAAACAUUCAAGACAAGAAAAGCAUCUGCACAGGCCAGCCUGGCAUCUAAAGAUAAAACUCCCAAAUCGAAGAGUAAGAAGAAGCAUUCUACUCAGCUGAAAGGCAGAGUUAAAAAUAUUGGGUAUGAAAGUGCCAGUAUGUCUAGCACAUGUGAACCUUGCAAAAGUAGGAACAGACAUUCAGCCCAGACUGAAGAGCCUGUUCAAGCAAAAGUAUUCAGCGGAAAGAAUCAUGAGCAACUGGAAAAAGUAAUAAGAUGUAGUAGGUCUACAGAAAUAUCUUCAGCACAUGCUAGGAGAAUACUACAGCAGUCUAACAGAAAUGCAUGCAAUGAAGCGCCAGAAACGGGGAGUGAUUUUUCCAUGUUUGAAGCUUUGAGGGAUACUAUUUAUUCUGAAGUAGCUACAUUGAUUUCUCAAAAUGAAUCUCGUCCACAUUUUCUUAUUGAACUCUUCCAUGAGCUUCAGCUACUUAAUACAGACUACUUGAGACAGAGGGCUUUAUAUGCAUUGCAGGACAUUGUAUCCAGACAUAUUUCUGAGAACAAUGAAAAAGAAGGGGAAAAUGUGAAGUCGGUGAAUUCUGGUACUUGGAUAGCAUCAAACUCAGAACUUACUCCCAGUGAAAGCCUUGCUACUACUGAUGAUGAAACUUUUGAGAAGAACUUUGAGAGAGAAACACAUAAAACAAGUGAGCAAAAUGAUGCUGAUAAUGCUAGUGUCAUGUCUGUAUCUUCAAAUUUUGAGCCUUUUGCAACAGAUGAUCUAGGUAACACAGUGAUUCACUUGGAUCAAGCACUAGCCAGAAUGAGAGAAUAUGAGCGUAUGAAGACUGAGGCUGAAAGUAACACAAAUGUCAGAUGUACCUGCAGGAUUAUUGAGGAUGAAGAUAGUGCUGCUGCCACGACUACAGUUAAUAGUUUAGAAGUAGAAACUCCUGAUAUUGAAAAUCAUAGUUCACAACAACCUGUAAGUGAAGUUUCUACCAUCCCAUGUCCUAGAAUUGACACUCAGCAAUUGGACCGGCAAAUUAAAGCAAUUAUGAAAGAAGUUAUUCCUUUUUUGAAGGAUUUUUCUCAGGAACACAUGGAUGAAGUAUGCUCUUCUCAACUUUUAACUUCAGUAAGACGCAUGGUUUUGACCCUUACCCAGCAAAAUGAUGAGAGCAAAGAGUUUGUAAAGUUCUUUCAUAAACAACUUGGAAGCAUAUUACAGGAUUCACUGGCAAAAUUUGCUGGCAGAAAACUGAAAGAUUGUGGAGAAGAUCUUCUUGUAGAGAUAUCUGAAGUUUUAUUUAAUGAAUUGGCUUUCUUUAAGCUCAUGCAAGAUUUGGAUAAUAAUAGUAUAACGGUUAAACAGAGAUGCAAAAGGAAAAUGGAAGCAGCUGGAGUGAUACAGUCAUAUGCCAAAGAGGCCAAAAGGAUACUUGAAGGAGAUCAUGGCUCACCUGCUGGAGAAAUUGAUGAUGAAGACAAAGACAAGGAUGAGACUGAAACAGUUAAGCAGACUCAAACAUCUGAAGUUUAUGAGGGAGGCGGUUCCAAAAAUGUGAGAUCUGAUGUUUCUGAUCAAGAGGAAGAUGAAGAAAGCGAAGACUGUCCAGUGUCUAUUAAUUUGUCCAAAGCUGAAACUCAGGCUUUGACUAAUUAUGGAAGUGGAGAGGAUGAAAAUGAAGAUGAAGAAAUAGAAGAAUUUGAAGAGGGCCCUGUAGAUGUCCAGACUUCACUUCAGGCUAACACUGAGACUACAGAAGAAAAUGAACAUGAUGAUCAGGUUCCACAACAUGACUUUGAAAAAUCAGCAGAAAGCAAAAUUGUCCCAUCAGAACAAGAACCCACUAUGAGUGAUGACCAAGAUAGCAGUCCUGUGAAGCCCUGUUACCUCAAUAUCUUGGAAAAUGAGCAACCUUUAAAUAGUGCUGUCCAAAAGGACUCACUCACUACUAUCGAUUCAUCCAAUCAACCUAACCCUUUGCCUUUACCUUUAACUGAAAUUGAAACCUUGGUGCCUAGAGUCAAAGAAGUUAAAUCUGCUCAGGAAACUCCUGAAAGCUCUUUGGCUGGAAGCCCUGAUACUGAAUCUCCAGUGUUAGUGAAUGACUAUGAAGCAGAAUCUGGUAACAUAAGUCAAAAAUCUGAUGAGGAAGACUUUGUGAAAGUUGAAGAUUUACCACUUAAACUGACAAUAUAUUCAGAGGCAGACCUAAGGAAGAAAAUGGUAGAAGAAGAACAGAAAAAUCAUUUAUCUGGUGAAAUAUUAUGUGAAAUGCAGACUGAAGAAUUAGCUGGGAAUUCUCAGACAUUAAAAGAACCUGGCACCUGUUUAUCAGGACUCAGUGGACCCUUCGCCAGAUUGGAGUUGAAACCCACCUGCCUCCCUCUCACCAGGACUGUCCUUGCAGGAUGCCCCAGGGAUUUUGUGAAAAUGAACUUGGAAUGACAGUAGAGUAACUGUACCCUCACUCUUACAAAUGUGUUCACUGAUGAUGUCAUUUGACAAGCACUGUUUGAAUGUCUUGAGAAAAGGCAUUCUUCCCCACUGUUAGUGGAAGCAUAUAAAGGCUCAGACACCAGAAGGCACACUUAGGCACAUCUCUCCAUUCUUUUUUUUUUUCUUUUUUUGGUAUUUAGGGCCGCACCCAUGCCAUAUGGAGGUU